GACUAAGGCCUGGCGUAUGCGCUAAUUGCUUCAUGUGAGAGAGAGAGCGAGAGAGAGGGGGCGCCUUCCUUGGAGACGAGACGCACGGACAGCGGUGACGCAUUCGGCCCCCAGAGAGAUUCCGCUUAUAACCCGUUGCCCAAACUGCAAACACCCCUUAACCCGCAUCCUCAAUCUUCAUCGCUCGCCUCAAGGCCGCCUCAUCUCCUCACCCUUCCCCCUUUCUCGCCACUACUAGCACAACACACACAAAUAUGUCGGUCCCUAUCGCCAUCCCGGUUCCUCUCAAGUUCAACGUGCCUCCGGCUUUCUCUGACAUUGGAAAGACCACAAAUGACCUGCUAAGCAAGGACUUCCCCGUCGGGGCAGCUAAGCUCGAGGUCAACACGGUUACAACGAACGGUGUGAAAUUCACCGUUUUGGGAGCCAAGGACAACAAGACUGGCGCUAUCGCCAGCGAGCUGAAGGCCAAGCACAUCGACAAGGCCCGUGGUAUUACAUUCACCGAGUCCUGGACGAGCAGCAACAUUCUCGGCACCCAGCUCGAGCUUGACAACACCCUUGCCCGUGGCCUGAAGGUCGACAUUGCCGCAUCCCUCCUCCCCGCCAAGGGAACCAAGAACCUGAAGGCCGGUGUGGAAUACAAGCAGGACCACCUCUUCACCCGCACGUCCGUCGACCUUUUCCGGGGUCCCACCCUUCACGGAGAUGCCGUCGUCGCAAACGACGGUUUCUUGGCCGGAGGAGAGGUUGCAUACGACGUGUCCGAUGCCCGCGUCACCAAGUACAACUUGGCUUUCGGUUACCUCGGCCGCGAGUACUCCGUUGCCCUUCACGCCACCAACGCCCUGAGCACCUUCGCCGCGUCCUACUUCCACCGUGUCAACGCCGACGUCGAGGCCGGUGCCAAGGCAACAUGGGUCAAGUCCCUCGACAAUACCGUCCACGUCGAGGUUGGAACCAAGUACUUCCUUGACAACGACGCAUCCCUCAAGGCCAAGGUUGACAACCGCGGACUGUUGGGUCUCGGCUACACCCAGAUCCUGCGCCGUGGCGUUAAGCUCUCCCUGGGCGGUCUCUUUGACACCACCCGCUUCCACGAGAACGUGCACAAGCUUGGUCUCGCCCUUACCCUUGAAGCUUAAGCGGACUGUCUCACAUCUUAUAUCACAUGAUUCAAUUGUAUAUCUUGUGUGUGUUGCGGUGUCUGUUUUCCUCUCACUGUUGAUCUUCUCAACAACCGUUGGCAUCCCCACUCUCUCUCUCUCUAUCUUCAUGACAAAAACGUAAUUAAAUAUACAAAACAUUGCAUAUCAUUUGGUACC